AUGGAGGGGACCGCAGAGCUGCCGGUCACUCAGGGUGGGGUGCCUGGGCGCCCUCUUCCCCAGCCCCAGGCCACGGAGGCUGAGGAUGCACCAUCUGGGGACAGGAGCUGCAGGCUGGUGCACCUGGGGGGAAUGUCGCUGGAGUGCCCUGAGCCUGGUCCACAAGAGACGCAGGGCCAGUCCCCGGGGCUAGACAGGCGCUUCGGUCCGUGUCCCGCUUCACCCAUGCCUGUUGCCUGGAGCCUGCCCCGCUGGAGAGCUGUCGUGGCGGCCACAGUCCUCUGCUACAUCAACCUCCUCAAUUACAUGAACUGGUUCAUCAUCGCAGGAGUGCUGCUGGAUGUACAGAAGUUUUAUUGUAUCAGCGACAGCAGUGCUGGCUUGCUCCAGACAGUCUUCAUCGGCUGCUUGCUGCUGUCUGCACCGGUGUUUGGCUACCUGGGCGACCGACACAGCCGCAAGGCCACACUGGGCUUCGGGAUCCUGCUCUGGUCAGGGGCUGGCCUCUCCAGCUCUUUCAUCUCUCCCCGGUAUUCCUGGCUCUUUUUCUUGUCCCGGGGAGUGGUGGGCACGGGCACAGCCAGCUACUCCACCAUCGCACCCACUGUCCUGGGCGAUCUCUUCACGGAAGACCAGAGGACCCGAGUGCUGGCCAUCUUCUACCUCUUCAUCCCUGUCGGAAGUGGUCUGGGCUACGUGCUGGGAUCGGCCGUGACAGAGCUGACCGGGAACUGGCGUUGGGCCCUUCGAAUUAUGCCCUGCCUGGAGGCCGUGGCCUUGAUCCUGCUUAUCCUGCUGGUUCCAGACCCACCCCGAGGAGCUGCUGAGAAGCAGGGCUUGGUGGUGCCUGGGGGCCCACGGAGCAGCUGGUGUAAUGACGUCAGAUACCUGGGGAGGAACUGGAGUUUUGUGUGGUCGACCCUCGGAGUGACAGCCAUGGCCUUUGUAACUGGAGCUCUGGGCUUCUGGGCCCCCAAGUUUCUGUUCGAAGCUCGAGUGGUCCAUGGGCUGCAGCUUCCUUGCUUCCGGGAGCCGUGCAACAGCCGAGACAGCUUGAUUUUUGGGGCACUGACAGUCGGGACUGGCAUCGUUGGAGUCCUGCUGGGGGCCGAGGCUGCGAGGAGGUACAAGAAAGUCAACCCGAGGGCUGAGCCCCUCAUCUGUGCCUCCAGCCUGCUCGCCGCAGCCCCCUGCCUCUACCUGGCUCUCGUCCUGGCCCCGACGGUCCUCCCGGCCUCUUAUGUGUUCCUGGCCCUCGGGGAGCUGCUUCUGUCUUGUAACUGGGCAGUGGUUGCUGACAUCCUGCUGUCCGUGGUGGUGCCCAGGUGCCGGGGGACAGCAGAGGGGCUUCAGAUCACCGUGGGCCACAUCCUGGGAGACGCAGGCAGCCCCUAUCUCACCGGACUGAUCUCUAGCGCCCUGCGGGCAGGGCGCCCCGACUCCUACCUGCAGCGCUUCCUCAGCCUGCAGCAGAGCUUCCUGUGCUGCGCCUUCGUCAUCGCCCUGGGUGGAGGCUGCUUCCUGCUAACGUCUCUGCACCUGGAGAGAGACCAGGCCCAGGCCUGGCAGCCUAGCACAGGGACCCCGGACAGCAAGGACAUGGACAGCGUGGACGUGGAGAGCCGAGGCCUGCUCUCUGGAACCCCUGCCUUCACAGAGCGCCCCUGAGCCCCUCCCCGCAGCAAGGAGGUCCCCUGCCCUGCCUGCACCCCUCCUGCUGGCCCCCACAGUAGCACUGCCUCUGCCCACCUUUGGCUGUGGUUCAGGGGCCCUGGCCGAGCUGCAUCUGCCACUUCUUCGCUCCCAGCUAGAAAGCUGGCAGGGCCCAGCGCCUGGGCUGGGAAUUGAGCUGUCAGCACCCUCUGUGGGGGGCCUGGGCCUGUGCCUGCACCCAGCAGAAAGCUGCUCCAGCCGGGGUCCUCAGCCUGGCUGCGAUGAGCCCGAUUAAAGCGUGGCCGAGACAAAGC